UAUUAUUUCAUAUAUUAAUUAUUGAGAAUGACGAAAAUUAGAAAAACAAAAAAACUGUAUUAGUUUCAAAGAGCUUCAUACAAAGCACUAAAAAUAAUAAAGAUGGGCAAUGAAUCGCAAAUUGUCAAUAUUCUUAAUGAUAUUCUUAGAGUUGAAGCGAUAGAGGAAGCAUUUAGUUGUAUUAUUGUACAUAACACAAGCAAUGAAAAGGAAAAAAUUACAGGAUGGCAGUCACAAUUGACUACUGCGAUGAUGGGUUUAAGUACAGAACAGCAGGAAAAUGCUAUUCGCAAAUUUUUAUACACCUCGGCUGAAAUUACAAAUUAUAGGCGAAUGCAUCUUAUUCUCUCAUUACUAGAAAGUUUGGUUGCCACCAAUAUUUUACCUGCUAGAUUAGUAUGUGAAUGUAUACUUAAUUGUGAUAAGUUACAAUAUCAAAAUGAAGAGUUUUGGAUAAAAUGUUUUACACUUAUUCGCCAUAUUAUUGGUGGUGUAGAUUAUAAAGGAGUACGAGAAAUAAUGAAGGCUUGUAAAGAAAAAGCUCAUUCGUUACCUACACGAUUAGACGCAUCAGUUCAACCUCAAAUGAGAGCCUUGGAAUCUCUUAUUGAAUAUAUUUUUGACAGGAAUGCAUGUCUGUUACCAAGUUAUUUAAUUAUUAAUGAGCUUCAAAAAUUUUCAGAAAGCAAAAAUUGGCCCCACUGGCUAUCGAAAUUAAUAUCGAAUUUUAUAGACAGUUUUCGCAAUGUUGUCCAAAUGAUUUCAAUUAUUGGUCAUUCCAAGAUGCUGCCAGUAGUUGAACAUACAGGAUAUGGAGAUCAUUUAGUUAUUCCAUGGUUAUUAGACCGAAAUACUUUACAGUUUUCAUUAAAAGGAAACCUUCCAUAUGAUUCAGAUUUAUUGAAACCACAGACAGAUCUUUUAAGAUAUGUUUUAGAACAGCCAUAUAGUAGAGAUAUGGUUUGUUCGAUGUUAGGAUUACAGAAUAAGCAAAAUACUAGGUGUGCUGCUUUAGAAGAACAAUUAGUAGAUCUUGUAAUAAGGACAAUGGAAAAAUCAGAAAAUGAACCUACACCUUUGGAGGGUUCGGAUGGAGUUACUACAAAUCAUUGGCCAUGGCUGCAUCUUUCAUCGCAACUUAUCUGUUAUGUUCUUUCACAGUUUGCAAAUUUUCCCAGUUUUGUGAUGGCAAUACACGAUAAGCUUGCUGGUAGAGAAUGGAAAAAAUCCAGAGACCAUUUAAUGUGGGUAUUAUUGCAAUUUAUUUCUGGAAGCAUACAGCGCAAACCUAUUGGAACUUUUUUCCCAAUUUUCAAAUUGUACGAUCUUCUAUAUCCAGAAAAAGAUCCAUUGCCUGUUCCAGAUCUUUCACAUUCGAUAUGCACUCACCAAAUGGCUUUAGUAUCCAUUUGGUUACAUCUUUUAAAAAAAAUUCAUUCUGAUCAUUCAAACUUUCAUAGACUGAUACCUCAUAAUUUGAAAACACAUCACGAAUUUCUUCAACAUAUGGCUGUGCAAAACACUUCUCUAUGUAUGGGAUCGGAUUAUAGAAUUGCUUUACUUUGCAAUGCAUAUUCUACAAGUACUGAAUUAUUUACUCGGCCAAUGGCUGUUCUAGUUGAAUCUAUUUUAGGGACCCAAAAGAAUCAACAACAACAACCCUUGCAAGGAUUACAAAAUAAUACAUCUCAGUCAAAUAGUCCAACUGCUCCAUUACCAAUGUCCAUUCUCGAUUCCUUGACCAUACAUGUUAAAAUGAGUUUGAUACACAGUAUUGUCACACAUGUAGCAAAAUCUGCUUCGACAAAGAGUAACCUACCAUUGCCACCAGCAUUAGUUGAAACAUACAGCAGAUUAUUAGUAUAUACAGAGAUUGAGAGUAUUGGCAUUAAAAAAUUUAUAAGCCAUUUAUUACCUACAGUUUUCAAAGCUCAUGCCUGGGGCAUACUUUAUACACUUUUAGAUAUGUUUAGUUAUAGAAUGCACCAUAUUCAACCUACGUACAGAGUACAAAUUUUAAGUCAUCUUCACAGUCUUGCUGCUGUGCCCCAAACUAAUCAAACACAACUACAUCUGUGUGUGGAGAGUACCGCUUUACGUUUAAUAACAGGUCUUGGCUCUGCAGAAGUUCAGCCACAUCUUUCGAGGUUCUUGUCAGAGCCGAAAACUCUUGUUUCCGCUGACUCGGAAGAACUUAACAGAGCAUUGGUGCUUACACUCGCCAGAUCUAUGCACAUUACAGGCACUGGUGGUGACACAGUAAGUGGUACAUGGUGUAAAGAUUUGCUUAAUACAAUUAUGCAGAAUACGCCACAUUCGUGGGCUGAUCAUACGCUUCAGUGCUUUCCACCAAUUUUAAGUGAAUUUUUCCAACAAAAUAGUAUUCCAAAAGAAGAAAAGCAACAAAUAAAGAAAGCCGUUGAAGAAGAGUAUAGAAAUUGGGCUUCCAUGAGUAACGAAAAUGAUAUAAUUGCCCAUUUUUCCGUCCCAAAUACUCCCCCCUUAUUCCUCUGUCUUUUAUGGAAAAUGAUUCUCGAAACAGAUCGAAUUAAUCCAAUAGUUUAUAAAAUAUUAGAAAGAAUUGGAGCUAGAGCUUUGUCAGCUCAUCUUAGAAAAUUUUGUGAUUACAUUGUUUUUGAAGUCUCGAGUAUUGCCUGUGAUGGAUCAUAUGUUAAUAAAAGCGUGGAUGCCAUUAAUGACAUGAUAUGGAAAUACAAUAUUGUUACAUUUGACAGAUUGGUAUUAUGCCUAGCAUUAAGGACAUUAGAGGGUAAUGAAGCUCAAGUUUGUUUUUUUAUUAUUCAAUUGUUAUUAUUGAAAGCCGCAGAGUUCCGCAAUAGAGUAUUAGAAUUUGUAAAGGAGAAUUCUCCAGAUCAUUGGAAGCAAUCCAAUUGGCACGAGAAACAUUUAGCUUUUCAUCGAAAAUUCCCGGAAAAAUUUGCUCCAGAAGGAAUAAUGGAACAAUCUUCUGGCAGUCCAAAUCAGUAUCAAAGCUUUCCGGCUUAUUUUGGAAAUGUAUGCCUACGAUUUUUACCAGUUUUUGACAUUGUCUUGCAUCGCUAUUUAGAAAUACCUCAAGUAACAAAAAGUUUAGAAGUCCUUCUAGAGCACUUAGGAUGUUUAUACAGAUUUCAUGAUCGGCCAGUUACAUAUUUAUACAAUACUCUUCAUUAUUAUGAGAGGAAAUUGAGGGAUAAGCAGCCAUUAAAGCGACGUCUUGUAACAGCAAUAUUGGGCUCAUUAAGAGAAAUUAGGGCUCCUGGUUGGGCUUUGUCCGAAGCUUACCAAAGAUAUAUGUCUCGACCCAAUGAUGACGGGUAUUGGCAGCCCGAAUUAGAUUAUUAUGUUCGUUUAGUUCAGCGACUAGUAGAAACAAUUUCCGGAAGAGCACAAUUUCCAUCUACUGAUUGGAGAUUCAAUGAAUUUCCAAAUCCAACUGCUCAUACCUUAUAUGUCACUUGCGUUGAAUUAAUGGCAUUGCCAGUAGCUCCGAAUGUAGUGGCAAAUAAUUUACUCGAUGUAGUAGCCAAAGGAUAUACAAUUAUUCCAUCGGAUGAAAUUCAUGUUUGGAUUAAUUGCAUAGGCAUAAUAAUGACAUCAUUACCUGAAUGCUAUUGGUCCACUUUACAUGACCGUUUGGUUGAAACGAUAACGAGUCCUGGCUUAACUAAAUGGCAAUACGACAAUUUAUCUCCAUUUCAAUUGUUUAAUUUCAAUUUAACUCACAAUAGUUUUCUUGAAAACAAAUAUAGCUAUAUGUUAGCCUUAGCUCAUUCAAUUUGGCAUCAUGCUGGAGUCGGACAAAUUGUUACCAUGGCUCAAUUUAUAAAAGAGAAAUUGCAACCUGUCGUUAAUAAUGAAGAUCAAUUGAUUUUCGCCUGCCACUUAAUUGGACCAACAUUAACGCGAUUCAAUAUUGAAAGACCUAAAUGUGUUUCUGAUCUAACAGUCAUUUUAUAUGAAACCUUAGAACAAGUCAAUCGUGCACAGACACAUCUAAAGCAAAUGGAUCCCGUUUGCGACUUAUUUUAUCAUAUCAAAUACAUGUUUGUCGGCGAUACCAUGAAAAACGAGGUCGACUGCAUAAUACGAAGACUGCGACCAGCGCUGCAAAUGAGGCUUAGAUUUAUUGCCCAUUUAAGCAUCGAGGAGAUACAAUCUUCUUGAAAGUUAGACUCUGUCAUCGCGGUCACUAAUAAUAUUCUAGCCAGUGCAUCGAAGGUACAAAUUCAAGCCAGCGGUGCAUCAGUUUGAUCGUAUUUACUUGCCCAUUUUCAUUAUGCAUGAAUUAUUAUCAGAAAACAGGUCAGUAAUGGUGUAUUUAUUACAUCGUAUUCAAUCCCCAAACCAAUGUUGUUAAUUCAUUGGUGAAAGUGAAAAUUUUUUUUUUUUUUUAAAUUGCCUAUAUUGCAAUAAGAGGUUUAAAACGCCCAUAGAUUUUAACUGUGUUAAUUUCAAUUAUGCACGCAGUCCCAAAAUAAGACCAUAAAUAUUCAAUGAA